GUUUUGACUCAAAAAUGUCGAACUGGUAAUUAAUCACAAUUGUGAGUUACUGAGUUUUUGUUUGUUUUUGAAAGCUGUCGUUUCUGGUUCAGUACUUCUGGGAACAUAAACGAUUGUCUUUGGCUAGUGUCCUGCCAAGACGGCAUAUGGAUGAAAGCAACGAUUUACUUCGUUACUCGUCGCCAAACGACUUGUUGUCGACAUUCAAAAGAAUGGAUACCUUUCGAACGAACACUCAGCUUUGUGAUGUAACCUUAAUGGCAGGCGAGAGAAAGAUUCGGGCACACCGUGUGAUUAUGGCAGGAUUUAGUGAUUAUUUUGACGCCAUGUUUAAUGGCGAUCUAGCCGAAACUAUUCAAGAUGUAAUACAUAUCAGAAACGUCGAUCCAGAUGCCUUGGCUGCCAUUGUAGAUUAUGCCUACACAGGAAAACUUGAAAUACGCGUUGAUAAUGUCGAGAACUUGCUGACUGUCGCAUGUUUAUUGCAAGUGGAGAAUGUGAAACACAGAUGUUGCGAGUUUAUGCAGCAACAUUUGCAUUCAACCAACUGUCUUGGAAUACGAGCUUUUGCCGAGGGCCAUGGCUGUGGAGAGCUUUUCGCAGCGGCGGAUAACUUCACAAAGGAGAACUUUCUGCAGGUUAUUAUUAGGCCAAGUAAAAAAAACAAACUUGGUUUAUUAAGUAGCGUCCUUUCCCCCUAUAUUUUAGGGUAUCUGGGUAUGGGGGAAGGUUUUUUAUUUGCACCUAAAAUCAGCCUAAUUCCCAGGGGCUCCGUUUUCGCUGGUCACAACAUCAGUUUUAACAGUCAAUGGAAUAGCUUAAACAUUUAUAAUGGUAGUAACAAGCAGAAACAUACAGACGUUAUCGAAAGAGUAAACAUUUGUUGUUAAACAUUGUUCCUGGCUGGGCAGCAAACGAAGAUGUUAUGUGAAUCCGGUACACUAGUGUAAACGGGGAAUUAAUAUAUCAAGGAUUUCUAGCAAUCAACAGUUGACUACUGUAGCUCUGUUGUGUAUAUCACAACCCAGCACUAGUCAACUGCUGACAAAUGUAAAUAUAAAAUAAAAAAAGUUGGGUCGGGAGCUUUUUCACUGGUCGGGAAGGGAUGCUAACCAAGUUUUUUUUUUUUUGCCUUUGCUUGCUGACCUGGGUCAGAUUUAGGUUGGCAUUGUUUUGCCGACCUCAAUUUUGACUUGUUUUUCAAGGGGAUGAGACUUUUCAAAAAUCCCAUUGUCAAUUUGGCCACAGCUACAAUAUUGAUUUAUAAAGGUGUUGGUCAUAGAUAUCUUAUAUACACUAGAUAGUGCAUCUAAUUAUUCUGCAAUUCAAAAAUUGAAGCCGUGAUUGCAGUCUCAGGUCGUUCCCAUGAAAUGAGAAGAUUCGUAUGUUUUCUAUUUCUUAAACAGGGAACUUAAACAUUAAGUUAAUCCUAUUGCAAAUACGUUUUUAAACUAUUCAAAUGAUGAAAGUUAUUGUUGUUUUUAAGCGUUUAUUAGCAAGUGGGAACGACCAACAUGGCCGCCAUCUAUUCAAAUGGGGGUAACCGCUGGAAUAUUUUUGGCUUCAAUUUUACUAAAAGAGAUGCGCUAUCUAGUGUAUAUAAGAUAUCUAUGGUGUUGGUACAUGAUAGUGUACGAAGAAGGUGGUGUAAAAAUGUGGGCUAUCCAAGGCCGGAUUUUGGCGGAAAUAGUGGGGGAGGUGAAAAAAAAUUUAGGGAAGGUGCAGCGGUUUAGCUCACGACCCCCAUGGAAAGUUAGGGCUUAGAACAGAUCGAAGUCAACGACAUGACAUAUGCAUGUAGUGUACAUAUGUAUGAAUCAGUGUAUUAAUGAAUUAUAUAUGACUGUACAACUCAUCCAAUUUUGCCCUUCAUUACAAUUACUACAAAGUUUCUUUCGAAACAGUGCAUUAAAAAGGUACUUGACACAGAGAUGAAUGGCUAUCACUGUUUCAAUUUUACAGAAAAACUUUCUUACGAAGUGUAGACCCUAAGCAAAUUUUCACUUUCAUCUGUGAUUGAAACUUUUCCAAGGCGAGGUGCAAAAAUUCUUAGGGGAGGUGCAAAACGAUCUCAGGGGAGGUGCGCACCUCCCCUCAAAAUCCGGCUGUGGUGCUAUCCAAUUAAUGAAUCUCGACAUCAUGGACAUACGCAUUGUCAAAUCUAAAGCUCUCUAUUUUGGCCCGGGGUGGGUUUUUUUACGUAGGGGAAUAUAAAUAGCACAGAAUAGAAUAGUCAUUUGAUUACAGUAAUUGUUGUGUCCGUAUACCUUUUUUAGGUCAUUGAAAGCAAGGAAUUCCAAAUUAUUAACGGGAACCAGUUAGUGGAAUUAUUUGCUAGUGAUGAUUUGAAUGUGAAUACGGAAGAAGAUGUGUUCUCUGCGAUGGAGAAAUGGGUUCAAUUUGAUUGUGCAAAGCGAAAGCCAUUUGUCAGCCAGUUGCUGGAGAAUAUUCGAUUGCCGUUAAUGAGCUGCAAGUUACUUACAGAUCGUGUUGAGAAAUCGCCUGUAUUUGCUCUUAGUGAUUGUGGGAAUGACCUCUUGUUAGAAGCAAUGAAAUAUCAUUUGUUACCCGAAAGACGUGCACAAAUGCAGAACCUGCGAACAAAGCCCAGAAAGUCCAAUGUAGGACUCUUAUAUGUUGUUGGAGGUUUGUUUACGCACAUGUAUCUUUGAACAGUUAACAUUAAAUAACGUAAGGUAUUAUACCAUACUGUAAGCUCCCCCUGUUAAUUAAUCAAUCCAUGAUGGCAUUUUCAAUGUGCGUUCUCAGAUGAGGUAUUACUUUCAUGGCAAAAAGAUCAAUACUUGAUACUGUAUACUGUAUCCAUUGUUGGGUAAAGUUAAAUCAAUUACAAAAAUGAACUGAUGAGGGCAGCUCUAUAACAUUUUUAUAAUUAUUACUUCUCCACAGGAGUUGAAUCGUAUCAAGGAAAUCGAAAUGCAAAAGGUAAAUCAUAAAAAAUACUUAUAGUUAAUCAUAAUUAAAUUAAUUUUGAAUAAUCUUUAGUUAUCUCAUUUGAUGAAAACAAAAACGUGAUCAACAGCCAAGUGUAUAUUUAUUGCUAUGAGACGAUGUGUAGGAUUGUCAUCUAUAUUGAUUCAGCAGUAAAGUUCACUAUUAUAAUGCUUAAUUAAUUUAACCACCACCGCUUUCCCCUUGACAAGCAAAGUUGGGUGGUGUUAGACACAGUACAAUAGCAGAAUAAUUCUAAAGCUUAUUAGGCUGCAAUGCAACUUGAAUACUUGAUGCAUUAACUAGACACAUCAGUGGAUAAAUAUCAAGAUUUUGUUGGCAUCUCACUCGAUUGGAUAAUUAAUAGUUGAAGGGUCUUGUAGAUGGAAAUUAUCGAGUGGAAAUUUAUAUACAUUUAUUAGACAAGUCAAGACAAUUCCUGCCAGGGACCUAUAUAGUAAUUAAGGGUUGAAUUUUUCACAGCUGGUUAGGUGUUGGAAAUUUAUAUACAUUUAUUACACCUAACCAGCUGUGAAAAAUUCAACACUUAAUUACUAUAUAGGUCCCUGGCAGGACAUUGUCUUGACUUGUCUAAUAAAUGUACAUAAAUUUUCACUUGAUAAUUUCCAUCUACAAGACCCUUCAACUAUUAUUCAAUCGAGUGAGAUGCCAAUAAAAUCUUGAUAUUUACCAAGUAACCUAACAUGGCAGUACCCUAAGUACCCUAGUAUACAUAUAUAUAUAUAUAUAUAUAUAUAUAUAUAUAUAUAUAUAUAUAUAUAUAUAUAUAUAUAUAUAUAUAUAUAUAUAUAUAUAUAUAUAUAUAUAUAUAUAUAUAUAUAUAUAUAUAUAUAUAUAUAUAUAUAUAUAUAUAUGUAUAUAUACAUGGACUUGUGAUUAGAACUUGACAACUGGACUCUGUAGCUCAGUUGGUUAGAGUGCUGUAUCGGAAUCGCAGGUUCGAUUCUGCUAGGAACCUAUAGUUGCAUUUUGCAGCUGUUCCUGGUUAAUAGAUCUAAUAAAUGUAUACAAAUCUCCACUUGAUAAUUUCCAUUUACAAGACCCUUCAACAUUGGUGGAUAGUCUGUUUAACCCAUUGAUUGCCGGUGCUCUCACCUUUGGCCAACUAAAAUUGUCUGGCAUUGGACAGAGUAAAAUAACACAGUAGGGCGCAUUUGGGCGCAAUGCAGUUCCCUACUUUAUUAUUUUAUCCAAGCUACUGUAAAAAAUUAUUGUAGAUUUUACUCGUCGAGGGGAGAACCCUGGCGCUCAAGGGGUUAAAAGACAUCCAAGCAAAAGUACAGUAUGGGUCUAAUCACCAACAGUCCGACACGAUCGGAAUGUUAAGUAACUAAAAAUUUUGUUUAAAGAAUGAGGAUACGUAGCGGUCCGUGAGAUCCUUGAAAGUUUUUAAAUGAAGUUCUUUAAGAUCUUUGUCUUUGAAGUGGAUGAAAAGGUGAUUGUUUAACAAAUAAUUGUUCUCAAAGGUCUUUGAAAAUGAGCAGAAAAAACUUUUGAAACAAUUUUGAGACAACGAACUCUGAGGACACUAAUGAACGUACCGUUUUACAUGUUUGUUUUUAUGCUUAGCAAUGAUACUGUAUAAGUACAGUAUAUACAGUUAUAAAAGAUUUCAGCUAAAUUUUAGUCCAACUGUAUGAGGUCUAAGUGAAUAUUCGAACAGAAGGAAUCAAGACCAAAAGUGCAUGCAUGCAUGCAUGCCGCCAAAAUUAAGAGUUUCCAAUUAUCCGAGAUUAUGUUCCAGUAAUAAAUUUAAAAUGUAAAGAUGUUUGAAGUGAAACCAAGAGUACAUCACAGGUUUAAAUCUGUCGAAUCGAUCUGGUUUAAAACAUUUAUUGACUUAACGACAAAUUUUUGCCUGAAUUUUGUCAAAAACUGUGCAGGAUGAUGGUUCCUGCCUUACGUCACAAGGUGAAACUCUCUGAUUGGCUGGUUGAAGUUUUAAUAUUUUCCCUGCGAAACGAGAAUCAGACGAAAACCGGGGGGGAAGAGAUUUGAAAGACUACAAGACUAUGAAAACAUCGCAGCGACAAAGUUUGAGUUUGAAAGGACUAGAUGUAUUCUUUUUAAAUUAAUGUAUAAAACUAUACAGAGAAAAUGUUUGUUGUCGUCUAUCCAGUAUGGCCGACCAAAUUUGUUUUUUUAAGGUUUACUGUACUUUUCUUGUUUGUUUUUAUUAUGUAUAAGUUAUGUUUUUCUGCGGUAACAUUAAAUUUUUCAAACUCAAAAAUUCUCGUAGCGAUGCGAAAAUUUAAAUCUGUUUUUGCAAAUCGAAGCCUGACUUUACAUCGAAGGAAGGUUUUUUUUAAAAAUUGCAAUACGGUGAAAUCGGCCACUGUAACACUAUUAGACCUACAGUUUAUUGCUCUAUACUUUACAUUCGUCUGAAUUUUCUUCAUGUCUUAGUAUUGGUCAUGGUAUCUAGGAAAUAUUGUAUGCCAGAAACCUGCGGAUUGCAAGGGAGUGAACUACCUGAAAAAUACAGCUAAAACUUCGACAUGUUGGUACUAACUUCCCGACGAAUGACCUUCACUCCAAAUGUCGAAGUUUUACUUAACAAAUAUAAAACAUUUUCCGUGUUCAUAUACAGUUAUAUCAACACGAGUGGAAAUUGGGAAAACGAGAAAUUGUGUGGAAACACGACGCCCGAAGGGCGGAGUGUUUUCACACAAUUUCGAGUUUUCCAAUUUUCACGAGUGUUGAUAUAACUGUAUAUCAAUACGGAAAAAAUGUUUUAUAUUUGUUUUAUAAUAUAGCACAAAGAAACUUAAAGAAAGAAAUUUUCCGACAUUUUCGUGUUGACAUCGAGAAAUAUCAACACGGCUCUUAGCCAAUCAGCGUUCAGAAUUUACAAAUGCUAUAUUAUAAUUGUAUUUUUCAACUAGUUGAAUCCCUCGCAAUCCAGUUUUCUGGUGUUAUUAUUACUAUCUACCCUGGCACAGACCGUUCAAAAUAUUGUGUAACCUUUUAUUACCCAGCAAGUAACAGCACAGAAGGGCCAAAAGGCGCAAUAAGCAUUGAGUGCUACAACUUACGGCGCAAUGCUUGGACACCUGUCGCGACGAUUGGAAACAAACGGCUGCAGUUUGGUGUAGCUGUGUUGGAUGACAAACUUUUCAUCGUUGGAGGGCGAGAUGGUUUGAAAACGUUGAACACAGUUGAUUGCUUUGAUCCACAGACGAAAGACAAAACUGCGGUUACACCAAUGAACAUCCAUCGUCAUGGUUUAGGCGUUGGUGUUCUUGGUGGACCGCUUUAUGCAGUUGGCGGCCAUGAUGGUUGGUCCUAUCUCAAUUCAGUUGAAAGGUAAAUGAUAUUCGGAGCCCAUCGAUUAAUUUUAUUUUAACUCAUAUGCACUAUGCGGUCACUUUAAUGGAAUCCCAUAUUGACUUCAGAUUUCAUAUAUUCAAAUCGGCGCGCAGGACGCGAAAUCAGAUCAUAAGUACAGUAUGGGUCAGUUUAAUUUAAGGUGGCGUCAAAUCCGUUGUGCUCAUGUCCGUGUUUUGUUUACAUCAUUUGUUUAUUAUUUAUUCCUAUUGAAAUAAUGGUACAUGCAAUCUGGUACACCUGGAAGUGCAAAUCUCUGUUCAAUUUAUUAUGUGGGUCGACAGACUAGAAUUUUACUUACUUAUAUUAAUUAUAUAUUGUCUGAAACAAGACAAGGAUACGUUUACACGCUGCGAUUUGUCGUGUACGAUUCUUAUUCCGGCGCAUGUAUUCAAAUAAGUAUGCACAAAGUGGUUGCCUUUCAAAUAUCGCCAUAAACUAAAUGAAGAGCAAUUCUGGCUUCAGCAAUAAUUUUUAUACGCCAGAAUACGAAGCGUUAUCCCUUUCAGUUUUCUCUUAAAAACUGUUUCUUAGAAUCGUAUAAAGGUAUCGAUCGCUUUGAAUUAUUGUGAUCAGUAAAUUGUAUAAUUUAUCUUUUAUAUAUUUUUCUUAAUUCAAAGUAGUUUUUAGACGUUUUAAAGUAGAAUUAAUAACUUUGUUGUAUAUCAGGGCCACAGGUUUUUCAGUUACAUGUAUAUUGCUGUCAUGUAUUUUUGCCCUCUUUAAAUAAAGUUGUUCAUUACUGUAAUUCAUUUAUUCAAAUGGCAUCACAUGAACUAGCCUGUUCGCAGAUAGCCAGGCUCUCAAGGUGAAAUGAGAGCCUGCAUCGAUGACUAAUGAAUUUGAAUAUCUGCCCCGUAACGUUCGUUUUUCCAAAUAUGGAAUGUCUAUCCUUAUAUGGUGUUGUUUACAACUUUCGUGCAAACUAAAUUUAAACCGUGCAAACUAAAUUUAGACCGUACAGUUUAUACUGUUUUUCGAAAUAUAAGAUAUUCAAGCAAAAGUUUAAAUGUUUUAAAUACUGUUUUCUCAAAACAGAGCUUUGAGAUAAGAUGACCAAGACCAAUUUGAUCAGUUAAUGUGUUUUUUAUGCAUAGUGCUUCAGCAGUUGACAUAUAUAGAGCUCAGCGGAAACAUAUAAAUUAUAGCAUCUGACCAAUGAGAAUUUCGCGUCACGAUUUGAGACGCGGAUAUUCAAAUUCAUUAGUCAUCGAUGCAGGCUCUCAUCAGAUGCAGAUCUCAUCCUUUUGGAGGAUGUGAAGGAGUAGAUUACUUAAUUAAUGAUGUUGUUAUAGAUUUCAUAACCUGGAACAUUUAUAACUGGUCUACUCCUUCACAUCCUCCAAAAGGAGAAAAUCGCAGCAAAAAUCGCCCGUGUAAAUGGGCCUUAACGCCAAACGACGAAAAACUAACGUCGUUUGGCGUAAGAAAUACAACGUCUGCGAGCAGGCUACAUACCUAAAUAAACGUACCUAAACAAAACAAAACAAAACAAAACACAAGAAGAAUGAAAUUAUAUAUUAUUAUAUUAUAUUAUUAUACUGUACAUCUUCAAUUAUUUUUUUACUUGGCCUUCUUAUACUGGAACUGCAGUAAUUGAAAUCCGAUCCAGCCGUCGUAUACCCACGCUCUUUCCUCUACAAGGUUGCUCUCGUAUUUGGAUUGGGCAUACUGCAUCUGUACUAUAUAUAUUGUUCUGUAUUCAUUUGGAAUUUUAAAGUCUUAUAAUUUCUUAUUCCACUCGUAUCAUUCAGAUAUGAUCCUCAGACACGUCAGUGGAGUUUUAUUGCGGCAAUGAGUACAUCGCGAAGUACUGUUGGUGUAGCCGUUCUUGAUGGUAAACUCUAUGCUGUAGGAGGAAGAGAUGGAUGUUCUUGUUUGAGUUCUGCUGAAGUUUAUGACCCACACACAAAUAAAUGGACGUUGGUCUCUUCAAUGAUACAUCGACGUGGAGGUAAAUUUGAUUAUUGCUACAACGGUAUACGGUACCACAGAUGUGCUCGACAUCACAAACAUUACAAGAAAAAAUAGGGAAUAAUUAUAGUGGAAAGAAAAGUAUUUAGAAAUGUGUUAAAAAAUGCUAGAAAAGGCUAGAUUGGAAUAAAAUAACCGUCAUAGCUAGUACAGUACACAUAUUACACUAUACAGAUCAGUGAGCUCCAUAGAUAUCUGGAGCAAGAACUUCAGUCAUUCGGCCUAUGAGAACAGUGCUGCCAAGAUGGCGGCCAUUGACAUCCAAUAGCUCUGAAUGUCGUAAACAGCUUUUAUACCAUUUCCCCCAGUUAAUUCCAGUCUUUCUAACGGAUCGUAUCGCCAACCAAGUUAUCAGUUCAUAAAACCAUAGUGUUAUUCUUUAAAUCGAUGUCAAAAUACGAAAUUUCGGCAAAGUCCUUGCAAAGAUGGCGGAAAUUGAAGGAGCUAUUGGACGCCAGUUCCAGUCGGCUAGCCGUUUUGUCAGUGAAAGUUACUGAUAAAGAAAUAAGCGAAAUUAAAAUAAAUUCAGUCCCAAAAAAACACACAAGAGACUUGUGUAAAAAUACUAAAACAAUUAUUCGCCUCAGGCUCGGUGAUUAUUGGGGGAUAUUCACCUCGACAUCGUCUCGGCGAAUAUUCCCCGAUAAUCACCGAGCCUGAGGCGAAUAAUUGUUGAUUACUGAAUGAGGUUGACCAUGCACGAUAUGAAAAAUUAUCAAGCCAGAAGUUUGUGUUAUCAACCGAUGCCAAAGGCUGAGUUGAUAACAUAAACCGAGAGCUUGAUGAUUCUUUAUAUCUUGUGAAAACCGGAUUCAAUAAUUGUUUCAUUAUUUAUUUCAUUAUUUAAAAGAUGAAAAAGACGGAUUAUAUCCGCACCCCUGUGUCCAAAAUAUUCUAUGGAAUAUUCGGGGACUUCUUAUACUUUCGUCUCUAUUUCAGAGCCAUCAUCAGGGAAACUGAUCAUGACUCAUGGUCACUAUUGUGUUCUCUUACUUUCUCUUCAUUCUUUAGUUUCACUAUUCGUUAAAAUAGGUUGUUUUCUUAUUUCCAGGCGUAGGUGUGACAGUUCUCGAUGGAUUUCUCUACGCCGUUGGCGGCCACGAUGCUCCUGCCAGUCAAGACACGUCAAGACAAUUUGAUUCAGUGGAAAGAUACAACCCGAAAACCGAUGAGUGGACAAUGCUUGCGCCAAUGCUUAACUGCCGGGAUGCUGUGGGGGCCUCGUGGCUUGGAAACAGUAUUUAUGCUGUAGGAGGUUAUGAUGGAACUAAAUAUUUGAAUGAUGUUGAACGUUAUGAUCCAGUCAAGAAUGAGUGGGAACAAGUAACGGGUUUAAAUACUGGACGUGCUGGCGCAUGCGUAGUUGUUAUACCGCCGAUGAACAGUGGAGCAAUGCGUAAAUGUUGCGCAUGAAUUGCAUUCUAGCCUCUUCGCAGGCAACUCUUUGGCAAGCUUUUCCGUGAUUCCUCGUUUGUACAAAGUUCUCUGCGGCGAAGUCAUAGUUAUAAUAGAAGAGGUGGUUUGGAAACUCAUUAGAAUAAUAAUAUAAGUUACAUAUUAACUCAUGUAUGUUUUUGUUUAGGUUUAUGCAAAAUAUGGUCCUUCAUCGAUCGUCACGUGCAUUUUGUAUUUUUGCCCAACCAACUAAUGGCAAUGUUUUAGGAAAGUUAGCUAUCGGUGACUUGAACAAUUGGGUAACUUAAAAUUGCUAUUGGUGGAUUUGAAAUAUAUAAAAAUACAAUACGUGAUGAUAUUUUGCAUAAACGUUGACUAACAUAGAUGAUGAGUUAUAUUGUUAUUCUAAUGAAUUUCCAAACCAUCUCUUCUAUUAACUAUAUAUUGAAAUUAAUUACGAGGUAUUAGGUUUGUAAGUGCCACUGAUCUCAAAACUAGUGGUCGUCCAUCUGAUAUUGUGACCGCCAUAAAUUGGUUCUGGUGUUACUGGGGUUCUUGCAGCUAGUUUUUGGUUACUGGUGUGAAAGGCACAUUUGUCUGCAGAUAAACUGGUCGUCAGUAUAGCCUUUCAUAUCAGCCAAUUGUGCCAUUUCAUAUCAGCCAGAGUCUCGACUGCGCGUCCAUAUGACGCUUUCUGCGCCGGGAUAAAUUGUAGCUGAACGUGGAAGAAUAUGCAUAUGAAAGUAUUGAACUGCAUGUUCAAUCAUCCCCUUUGAAUAUGCAAAAAGUCGCCCAAAAAACAGUUAGUUUCCACAUGGUUGACUCGCUUUAAAUUCGAAAAUAUAUUCCCUUUAGUGUACCUUUCUUUAUUUUGAUUUUCACGGACGAUAUACUUUACACAGAAGUAAUCACCUGGCUUUUGGCGACCAAUUGUUAAUUGGAAGAGGUUUGCAAAUCUUUCAAAAGGAUGUUCUAUCCAGUCUUUCCAGAUCAGUGGCGCUUACCUACUUUACCAAAAUAUUUUUGAAAGGCAUGCUGUCUUCUAACCUUAGGAUUUCAUUAAAUGGGGUUGUAAAUAUAAGGGAUUAAAAUUACACAUGUGAUUGUAAAUAAUUAUGCAUAAAUUUCUUACAUGAAGCCUUCAUAAUUUUUUGAAUAGAAAUUCUAGAAGUAGAAAACUAAGUAUUGUAAUAAUUUCAUUUCGAAAUAAUUUCAAGAUGGCGUAACGUAUGGGCAUUUAUAAAGUGCAAUUGCAAGUAUAAAGGUGGUGAUCAGCGAACAUUCGUGGUUGAAACACUUAACAAUUUGAAAGAGUUAAAAACGUAACUCUAUACUGAUAGGCAUACUCUACGCACGAUAACAUGCUAAAGUUUAAUUUACCUUUUCUGAUACACCCUGGGGAUCGAUGUAACGGUCCUGAAGGGGGGCUAGAUUCUCAGCCAUUUUUUUAACCAAAUCGCAGAGCAAGUGUUUCACUUCAUGAAGUAUUGAAGUAAAAGGUUUAAAGUCUAUAAAUACCUGACAGUGUAAUUUUCUGUCACUGGUGGACUUGCAAUAGCAGCAAAUUAAAUUGCCUCAACGGGAAAAGGGCAGAAUAUGGAGUCUUCCCAUAGCAGCCCAAAAAUGUGUGGUAUAUUUGUCUCUUUUAUGUAGUCUCAAGGCCUGAUUCCACGGGCGCUUUUUCUCGG